CUCGCUGGAAACGAAACAGGAAGCAGCUGAACUAGUGACUGUGUUUGUCAUGUUGAGCUGCAAGUUAGCCACAAGUCCUGUGUCAUAAACGACUUGUCACCAGUACUUCGUUUGCACGCGAGUCCGGGGGCUUUCCGAAGAAAUGUGAACCUUACCUGGUAAACUGGCAUGUCCUCUUUUAGCUCCACCGUUUUGCUUGUCAGCUUGUGGAGAAGACAACAUUGUCAAAUUCCGUUCAGCUGUCGGCAGGGACGAGUCGGUCGGGUCCACUCCUGAGUUUGACAGUGAGGUGACGCUCUCCCUGCGAGGGGCGCAGCCUCUGCCUCUACAGGACACCGGGGGCUGCGGACUGUUAAAGUGGAGCCGUUGCUGCGUGGUAUUUAUCAGAGGCAAAUCUAACUGUCCAUCAACACACACUCACAAUAAGAAGAAAACCAUGUGGUGGUUCCAGCAGGGCCUGUGCAUCUUGCCAGUUGCUCUGGUGAUCUGGACAGCAGCCUCCUUCAUCUUUACCUACAUCACAGCUGUAGUACUGAGACAUGUGGAUGCACUGCUUCCUUACAUCAGUGAUACAGGAACAGUGGCUCCAGAGAGGUGUGUGUUUGGCAUCAUGCUGGAUGUAUCGGCAUUCCUAGGAAUGGCCACCACAUAUGUACGCUAUAAACAGGUUCAGGCUCUGACAGGCCAGGAAGAAUAUAAACUCCACAAGCUCAACCAGUUUGGCCUGGUGCUGGGUUGGAUCAGCUCGUUUGGCAUGUGUGUGGUUGCCAACUUUCAGAAAACCACGCUGUUCUACAUGCACUUGGUGGGCGCCGUGCUGACGUUUGGGGUGGGGGCUCUGUACAUCCUGGUCCAGACUCUACUCUCCUUCUACAUGCAGCCUCACAUCAACAGCAAGGCCACCUUCCAUGUCCGCCUCAGCAUUGGCAUGUGGACCCUGGCUAGUAUCAUCAGCAUGUUUGUGUCGUCUGUCAUCAUGUACAGCAGCCUGCCUGGAGUGGAUGUAGCUCACAAACUGCACUGGACACCUGGAGAGACGGGUUACACUGCUCACAUCAUCAGCACGAUCUGUGAAUGGUCCCUGGCUUUCUCUUUCAUCAGCUUCUUCCUCACCUACAUCAGAGACUUUCAGAAAAUUAAUUUGCGAGCGGAAGCUGAUCUCCAAAGCAGUCACCUGUAUGACUGGCCACACUAUGGCAUCGCAGCACCAGUCAACCAUUCAGAAACCUCACCACUCCUAUCAGGACGCGCCUGAGCAGCAGUACACACCAUCAUGCAGUCCAAAGUUUAAUGCACUUGUUUAACAUAUAUUUUACAUUUUAUGCUUGUUUUAAUAAAAGCACCAACAAUAUAUUAUGAAAAUUUGCACUAUUUUUAUAUGAAGUAAUGUAUCUUGAGAAGGAGGCUUUGACUGUGGCUUUGGUGUUGGCAGUAUCUCUGUGAGGCUGCUGCGCUCUCUCUGACCACUGCAUGGCCCCAGAAAUGUUUUGGUAAGGUUAUGGGAACACUUCAUUAUUCACUUACAUUACUUCCAUUUUUUAAUUAUGCAACACGCGUCUUUCUCUCAGUUUUUCAAACCUGAUGAUAAGUAAAUCAGUAUCAUUUUUUUAAAUAAUGAGACCUGCAUAAUUAUGUAUGUAGAUUUUAGUUAACUGUUCUCAGGCUGUACUAGAGAAAAGAUGCUUUUUGGGUUAUGAAUGGGAAGCAGGCUAACUACAUCAGUGUGUCUAAUCAGGUAAUAAUGGUGCUAUCACAGGGAACUAACUUGUCAACCUCAUCUUUAACCCCGACCCCCUCUAUAACAUAAUACAAGACAAUGCUCUGCAAAUGGAAUUGUGCACUAUAUUGUUGCUGUUGUACAUGAUUGCUGUAAGGCUAAUUAAGUUUUUUUAUCAUUACCAUGCUCAUACUUUGUCUAUCUCAGAUCACAGCUCAUAUUUAGAAAUGUAUUAACAGUUGACAUAAGUAUUUGGUUUACUAUCAGCCCUGCCAAACGAAGCAAGUCAAUGAAAUGUAAGCUGUACAUGUUACAAAAAAAAACAACUGUAUUUUUAAUAAAUUGAGAAAAACGAAGUAAUUCAUAAGUAAUUCUCAGCAAUAACAAGGACAGUGUUGUGUUUGUAUGUCAAAUUUUCACUGUAUCCGUUUCAGUAAAACAGCGCGUGACCACACCUGCUGUCAUAGCAACAAGCUCAGCAUAAUGGCACUUAAGCUAUUUUUGUUGAAUGUUUUCCUUUGGCUCACAACAAUGCGUUGUUGUUAGCUUUCAUUUCCCUUUUCUUCUCUUUGCAUUGUGGAGCUCUUGCAAGGACACGCCUUCUCACUUUUCAUCAGAACCAAACAGAGCAGACUGAGCGGGAUCAAUGCAAUGAACUGAAUCCUCUGUUUGACAAUUUGAUAGAAAGCUGAAAUAAGUUCCUGAAAUCUACAAGUCUACUGUACAAUAGUAUAGAAUGUGUGUUGUGUGGUGGUUAAGGUCAUUUAAUGCAAACUGGAGCUUGGGGAGAGUGUUGGGUUGUGGAGUUCCCUGGUGGUUAUGUGACUCCACAUGACGGUGCAAUAUCCUUAUUAGUGUGGACUGUUAAUCCACAUUAUUGUAUUUGUAUCUCUCCAUUCACUUAAAUAGCACAGCAAAACACUUUUAAUGCAUAAAAGAAUGCAAACAAAGCAGAUUAUACCAAUAUUAAAAAAAAGUCCCAGCAUCCUU